GUGGCAUUGACAGAUGGAAAAAUUAGGGAAAUGACUCAAUUAUCCGCCCAUGCUCGCCGUACAUUAUGCCGAGAUAGUAAGGAUAGGGGUUUCUGUAUAUAAUGUGAGAUAGGGGAGGGAGUGAUCGGCGCAGCUUGUUAGUGGUAGGCUUUGGCUGGAUUGCUGCUCGAUUAGACAAUACAAGCUACCUCCUCGCAAAUAUGAAGCCAUAUUCACUUCUGUGGGCGACAUCCAGCGUCCUGGGUGCCUCGUGGAUCGCCCCGGGAGCCGUGUGGACUGAUACCGACGGGAACAAAAUCGACGCCCAUGGCGGCGGUAUCGAGAAGCGCGGCGAUACCUUCUAUUGGGUUGGCCAGGCGGCUAGCAAUGAAACGCCGCAAAUGUACUCGUCUACCGAUCUUAUAAACUGGACGAACCUUGGGAAGCAAGCCAGCUCCAUUACUGGCAUGUGGCGUCCUAAGAUAGCGAAGCCGAAUGGUUCAUUCUGGUUAUUUGGUCAACAAGAUCGUUAUGUCCUUUCCCUCAAGUCGUCGGAGCUCGUAGGCGGCUACAGUCAAUCCGCCAAGGUCCACAUCCCGCCGAACGAUUACUCCUACUCGGAUACCGGCAUGUUCUAUGAUGACAGCACCCAAACCUAUUACCUCCUGACUAGCGCCGACCACAACACUGUCCAGGUCAACCGAAUCAAUUCGGACGGUGCGCUUGGAGACAUGGUUUCAAGUCUCACGGCGGGCGCGUACGAGGCUCCGGGCAUAGUGAAGGCUGAUGGGGUUUACUUCCUCAUCGUCUCGGGGAAGACUGGCUGGCGCGCCAACCCCAACAAGGUGUUUUGGUCGACCUCGAUCAACGGCCCCUGGACUGGAGGAUCAGACAUCGCUCCCCAGGCGGAGAAUACCUAUGGUUCUCAGAACACCUUCGAACUGACAGUCGCGGGCUCUCAAACGACCACAUACAUUUACAUGGGCGAUGCUUGGGACUCGUCGGGUGGUGCUAGCUCGAACUACGUGUGGGCGCCCAUGAAAAUCGAUGCUAGUGCCCACACCGUCACGAUCGACUACCAUUCUAUGUGGAAGGUCGACGUCAACACUGGUGUGGUUUCUUACCCAACCACGGCGAAGCGCUACGAGGCCGAGCACGCUGUUUUGUCAGGCAGAUCAGUGGUGAGAGAUUGUCACGACUGUCUGACCAAGCGUGCUGUACAUGGUGUUGGCGACUCCAGUGAAGUGACUUUCCACAAUGUCACCGGCACUGGCUCGCGCCAAUGGCUUUCUUUCCACUACCGAGUCAGCAACCCAGAAGCCGGAGAGGCGCACAUCUACGUCAACGACGAGCCCGCGGUCAACAUCUCGAGCCUGAACUCUCGCGCCGGCUAUCACUCAUCUACCCCAGUCGAACUCCUCUUGAAGCGCGGAGAUGUGAAUACCAUCACCUUCGGAGCUACAGGAAGCGAUGGUUUCGAGGUUGCAGUGGACGGAAUCGAGUUGUUCGAAGACGCGUAGUGUAGGCCUUUACUUUCUCUGUACAUACAUAGCAGACGCUG